ACAGGCCCCACCCACACCCUGCAGUGAGAACAGAUAGGUAAACAGGUGCGGCGCCGCUCCAAUUGCACCAUCACACCUGGCAACAAAGUGACUAAUGUUCUCUCCAACGUCCAGCACGGCCGACAUGGUAACUCAGGGUAAACUGGAGAUCAGCGCUGGGGAGAGUGUCGAAGCUAAAAACACCAGGAGCCUGGGAUGUUUCGGCUGGCUGCUGGUCCUCAUGUCCCUCCUCUUUGUAACAGCGACCUUCCCGCUCACAAUAUUUCUGUGUGUUAAGAUAGUACAGGAGUAUGAACGAGCCGUCAUUUUCAGACUCGGCCGGAUCACCGACAGGAAACCUAAAGGGCCAGGACUUUUCUUUAUUCUGCCAUGCACGGAUACCUUUGUGAAGGUCGACCUGAGAACUGUGUCCUUUGACAUCCCUCCACAAGAGGGGGACUCUGUACGGGGUCUGGGAGGGGGUGGGUAUUUCCCGCAUACAUGCCCAUCUCAUCUGUGGCCAACGUGCCAACGACACUUAUCCACCCGAUGCUGCCCAAAACCCCACCCUGAGGAAGUCUCGGUCCCAAAAACCCAGAACUGCGUCGCCCGAGAGGGAAUAGACAGUAUGAAGGAGUCUUUGGAUGUGGCCACUAACCCGUGGGGUAUUAAGGUGGAGCGGGUGGAGAUCAAGGAUGUGAAGUUGCCCCAGCAGCUGCAGAGAGCCAUGGCAGCGGAGGCAGAAGCGAGUCGGGAGGCCAGAGCCAAGAUCAUUUCUGCAGAGGGAGAGAUGAAUGCAUCCAGGGCUCUGAAAGAAGCCUCUCUGAUUAUUUCGGAGUCGCCCUCUGCUCUCCAGCUGCGCUACCUGCAGACCCUCCACACCAUCGCAGCAGAGAAGAACUCCACCAUCAUCUUCCCCAUGCCCAUUGAUAUAUUGCAGAAUUUUAUGAAGUAAUGACAUCAUUGUUGUCUUGUUAUUGUUACUGUUAAAGCAUGGGAAAAAUGACAAGAAGGUUUAUUUGUUUAAUAUUAUGCAAUUUAUGUUGUUAGUCUGGGAUCUGGUCCUUUGCUGUGAAUAAUGGUGUCUAUGUAAUCCUGUUUCGGGGGGAAUAUUUUUUGUUAUGCACGACACAAUAAUACAAAUAUAUUCAUUCAUUC